AUGGCCGACGGCUCGUGCUCGAUCCAUGUCCACGACGUGUUUGGCCCCACAGUGGCAUCGUCUUGUCUCAAUGGCUUCGACUUCACGUUGCUAUUCGAAGAGAGCAUCCUCACGCUUUUGCCCCUUCUCCUCGCGGACCUAGUCCUCGUUCCUCGCGCCGCACUUCUUUGGAAAACUGCACCCAAAGUCAACAGAUCAUGGCUCUUUGCGCUCAAAUUUUUGACAUUUUCCGUCUACAUCGCGCUUCAGAUUGCCCUGCUUGCUCUUUGGGCGCAACCGAAUACACCGACUACUAGGCUCACCACACCAGUAAGAUGCAUCCUCAUCGCCAGCUUCAUCUGGCUUCUCUACGUGUCAUGCCUGGAGCACGUCCGAUCUGUUCGGCCGUCAACUAUUCUAUGUCUUUAUCUCGGCAUAUCCUGUUUGUUGGAUAUGGCCAGCGCGCGCACCGUCUGUUUUAUACCGGGCCUCAACGUCGUCGCUCCAAUCCACCUCGCUAGUUACUUUGUCAAGUUGGUGCUUCUGGCAUUGGAAGUAACGGAAAAGCGCAGACUACUUUUGCUACGAUGGAAAGACACGUCGCCAGAAGAUACAGCAUCGUUCUACAGCAGAGUCCUUUUCGUCUGGCUGAACCGUUUGUUCCUCAAGGGAUACAAAACCCUUUUGACCGUGGACACUUUGACGCCGCUUGAUCAAGAUAUUCUUACCGCUUCUCGACCAACUAAGUUGCAGGAAACAUGGGCAAAAGCCGACAAAUCUCGAAAAACCGCCUUGCUCUGGGUAUUUGCCUGGCAUUACAAGUGGGAUCUGCUGGCUGGUGUCUUGCCGCGCCUUGCAUAUGUUGGUUUUACUUUCGCCGAGCCAUUUCUCGUCAAGAGGGUCCUGGAUUUCACCGUGGAACCGAAUGGCCCCAAUACAAGGAAUUUUGCCUACGGUCUCACUGGAGCGUAUGCCAUUGUUCACAUUGGCAAAGCAUUGUCGCUGGCCUGGUAUGAGCAUAUGACUUAUCGUGUCUUGACCAUGUUCCGCGGCAGUUUGAUCACCAUGAUUUUCGAUAAAACUCUUCGCUUAAGUGCCAGUGCUGUCCACGACGCCGAGGCCAUCACAUUGAUGAGCGCUGAUAUUGACCGCAUCGGCCUCUGCAUGCAGAUUCUGCACGAUGCUUACGCCAGCCUUGUGGAGCUUGCCCUAUCUCUAUUGCUUCUCUAUAGGCUUCUUGGUGUCGCCGUCGUUCCUCCCACCGUCUUCAUCAUUGGCAAGUAA